GUGUGCGCCCAGUUCCCUUGGAGUUUGAUAUCCAUGGGUUCGAGAUCUCGAAUUUCGAGGCCAGAAUGCAAGCAAUGUCCAGGCCGUGCUAUUCAAAUAUCAUCAUGUAUGGUGGUGAGGACAAGCCAGCAAUUGUUUAUGUGCCAACAAGGAAGCACGCGCGACUGACAACACUUGACCUGCUGAUGUAUGCUGCAGCUGACGGGCAGCCAUCUCAGUUCCUCCAGUGCAAGGAGGAUGAUCUGGCACCAUACUUGUCAGGGGUGCGUGAGGCUGCUCUCAAGCACUCCCUAUCAUAUGGCGUAGGCUUUUUGCAUGAAAGCAUGAGCCAGGUGGAGAAGGACACAGUGCUUCAUUUGUUUGCCAUUGGUGCCACGCGAGUUUUGGUUGCAACAGCAUCUCUUUGCUGGUCCAUACAUGUCAACUGCCACUUGGUGGUGAUCAUGGGAACCCAGCAUUUUGAUGGAACUGGCACAGGUGGCACGGACUACCCUGUGACUGAUUUGCUGCAAAUGAUGGGAAGAGCCAGUCGGCCAUUGAAAGACCAAUCUGGAAGGUGUGUGCUUAUGUGCCAUGGUCCUCGCAAGGAGUACUACAAGAAAUUCCUGUUUGAGCCUUUCCCUGUGGAAAGCCAUCUGGACAUAUUCCUUCAUGACCACUUUGUGGCAGAGAUUGUGACGCGGACAAUUGAGAACAAGCAAGACGCCGUGGAUUACCUGACGUGGACCUUCUUCUACCGCCGGCUUGCUCAGAACCCGAACUACUACCACCUACAGGGUGUCAGCCACAGACAUCUCUCCGAUCAUCUUUCAGAUCUGGUUGAAAAUACGCUCAGCGAGCUGGAACAGUCCCGAGUGAUCAGCAUUGAGGAUGGGAUGGACCUGUCAGCUCUCAAUUUGGGCAUGAUUGCCUCGUAUUACUACAUCAAGUACACAACUAUUGAGCUCUUCAGCUCAUCGCUGACGGCAAAGACCAAGCUCAAGGGGCUGUUGGAGAUUCUCUCUGCUGCUUCUGAGUAUGAUGAUCUUCCAUUAAGGCCUGGUGAGGACGAUGCUGUGAGGAAGCUCCUCAUGCAUGCACCGGUUGCUGUGGACAGGCCCAAAUACACAGAUCCACAUGUGAAGGCGAACGCCCUCCUCCAGGCACAUUUCUCACGAACGCACGUGAGUGCUGAUUUGGCGCUGGACCAACGUGGUAUCCUUGUGAGUGCUAUGGGGUUGAUCCAGUCCAUGGUAGAUGUGAUUGGCAGCAAUAGUUGGCUGUCCCCCGCCUUGGUCGCGAUGGAGAUGAGCCAGAUGGUCACCCAGGGGCUGUGGGAACGCGAUCCUGUCCUCAUGCAGGUUCCUCACUGUUCAAGGGAUGUGUGCAAGAGGUGCAGUGAGCAGGGCGUGGAGAGUGUUUUCGAACUCAUUGAAAUGGCUGACAAAGACAGGAGGGACUUGCUGGCGAUGUCCGAUGCGCAGCUGCACGAUGUGACGUUGUUUUGCAAUCGCUACCCAGAUAUACAGCUCAAUUACCAAUUGGUGAAUACACAACCUGUAGCAGCGGGAGACCAGGUCACGAUUAGGGUGAAUCUGGAGCGAGAGCAGGAUGGCGAAGUCGGGUCUGUGGAUGCACCAAGAUAUCCAAAGCGGAAGGACGAGGCAUGGUGGUUGGCUAUUGGUGAUGCGAAAGCCAACCAGCUCCUGGCUAUCAAGCGUGUGAACCUGCAGCGAAAGGCAAAUGUGAGGCUGGAUUUCGCGGCACCAGGGGAACCAGGCGCAUACAAUCUCACUUUGUACUUCAUGUGCGACAGUUACAUGGGAUGCGAUCAAGAGUAUGAAUUUGAUUUAGACGUGGGAGAGGCUGACGACGAGGACAUGGUGGAUGCAAGUGACUAG